GCCCAGCUAGGCCUGUGGCCAACUUCCACUUUAUUCUGGAUAUUUUCACUUGCAGGGCUUCUUGUUCUGAGUCAAGAUUCCUCCUUCUGAACAUGGGACUUUCCAGAAGGACCACAGCUCCUUCCGUUGAUCCACUUGACUUGGGAUGUUCUGGAUUUCAGUUGUGGAGGUAGUUUGCCUGCUUCUCUGGAGAAGGAUGGCUGUGUGGUCCCUAUGGAGUCUGCUUCUCUGGGGAGGAUUACUUCCUGCUGCAGACACUGGUGCCCAAGUGCAAGGCCAGGUGGGAGGCUCGGUGCUGCUGGUGGCAGAGCGUCCCCCUGGCUUCCAAGUCCGAGAGGCCAUCUGGAGAUCUCUCUGGCCUUCGGAGGAGCUCCUGGCCACGUUUUUCCGGGGCUCCCGGGAGACUCUGUACCACUCCAGAUUCCUAGGCCGAACUCAGCUUCACAGCAACCUCAGCCUGGAGCUCCAGCCCCUCAAGUCUGGAGACAGCGGCAACUUCUCUGUGCUGCUGGUGGACACAGGAGGUCGGGCCCAGACCCAGAUCCUGCAGCUCAAGGUGUAUGAUGCCGUGCCCAGGCCGGUGGUACAAGUGUUCAUUGCUGUACCAGGGGAUGCUCAGCCCCCUAAGACCUGCCAGGUGUUCCUGUCCUGCUCAGCCCCCAACAUCAGCGACAUAACCUAUAGCUGGCGACGAGAGAGGACCAUUGACUUUGAUAUCGAAUCGCAAGGCCUCUUCACGGAUGGACAGGUGCUGAGGGUUUCACUGGGACCAGGAGACAAGGGCGUGGCCUAUUCCUGCAUUGUCUCCAAUCCUGUCAGCUGGGACUUGGCCACAGUCACCCCCUGGGAGAGCUGCCAUCAAGAGGGAGCUCCAGGGAGGGCCUCCUACAAAGAUGUGCUGCUGGUGGUGGUGCCUGUCUCGCUGCUCCUGCUCCUGGCUGGUCUCCUUUCUGCCUGGCACUGGGGCCCUUGCUCAGGGAAAAAGAAGAAUGUCUGUGCUGACAGAGUGGCUCCAGAGACAGAGAACCCCCUUGUGUAGGUUCUGCCAUAAGGGAGGAUAUAAACUGAUGUCUGGAUCAUCAGGAACCCCACUGCCCAGGCACAGGAUGCUCUGGGACAUAGCUGGUGUCUGGAAACCACCAUGGUCCUCAAACCUCCCCCAAGAUUCCCAUCCAGCCUCCCCAGCGCAGCCUGGGCAACCAUCACUCUGGGAGCUGUCACUCAGAAAACACUGACACAACUUUCCAUAUUCUUCCCCUUCUCUCUCCCUUCUUUGCACAAACUGACUCUACUCUGGGCAAGACGGGCCUAACAGGACAUUCCCUCAAGGCAUUGGAAGUUCUCCAGGACCCAUAGGGACACUGACUGACCAGGGCAUCACUCCCCCACCACUGUUCAUGAAGUACUGUUAUGGCCUGAAGUUGUCCCCUCAAAAUUCAUAUGUUAAAGUCCUAACCCUUAAUAUCUCAGAAUAUGACUGUGUUUGGAGAUAGGGCCUUUAAAGAGAUAAUUAAAGGGCUCAUUGGGAUGUGCCCUAAUCCAAUAUGACUGGUGUCCAUAUAAGAAGAGGGAGAAACACCAGGGAAGCAAGCACACACAGAGAAAAGGCCGUGGGAGGACACAGAGAGAAGAAGGCCACCUGCAAGCCAAGGAGGCCGGCCUUAGGAGAAACCAAACCUGCCGACACCUUGAUCUUGGACUUCCAGC